GAAGCCUAGGAACCAAUAUCACCGCUUUGCACGCUGUUUUUUCUCCCACACGCCACGAACCCUAGGUUUCCGGCCACGAUUUCGCCGGAGAAUCCCUAAACCUACUCUCUGAUGCUUCCCGUUUCCGAGAACCCCUCGACGGAACUCCACAAAAAACCCAAAACCCCUCUCUUGUUUGAUCGAAAGAGCUCUUUCAGCUCGCUCCAAGCUUAUUUCUCGGUUUACCACCCUCGCACAUGGCUCAUCUUCACCAUUCUUCUUCUCCAAGUUCUCCUUUUAUUCAUGGCUCGUUCUCUCCCCAUAUCCAUCUCCAUUCCUCGCAACCGCCAACACUUCCCGACACCUUUCACCGCUCCCGCCGUCCAAGUCUCCGGCAACCCAGAAUGUGCCUUCGGCAAGGUCUUUGUCUACGAUCUCCCUCCGUUCUUCAACCGGGAACUGGUGAAGAACUGCGACAAAUUGAACCCGUGGAGCUCGCGGUGUGACACGCUGACGAACGACGGGUUCGGCCAGAGAGCCACUGGACUCGCCGGUGUAGUGCCGGAGGAUCUGAUGCCGGCGUGGUACUGGACGGACCAGUUCGUGACGGAGAUUAUCUUCCACAACCGGAUUUUGAAGCACCCGUGUAGAACGUUUGAGCCAGAAGCUGCUACGGCGUACUACAUACCGUUUUACGCUGGACUCGCAGUUGGCAAAUAUCUUUGGUCGAAUUGCAGCCAUCAGGAUCGCGAUCGGCACGGCGGGAUGUUGCUGACGUGGGUCAGGGACCAGCCGUACUGGAACAGAUCCAACGGCUGGGAUCACUUCAUCACACUCGGUCGAAUCACGUGGGACUUCCGACGGUCCAAAGACGAGGACUGGGGGUCGAGCCUCAUCUACAUGCCACUGAUGCGAAACAUCACACGCCUCCUCAUCGAACGAAACCCUUGGGACUACUUCGACGUAGGUGUACCCUACCCCACAGGAUUCCACCCAAGGUCCGACGCCGACGUCCUCCAGUGGCAACACCACGUCCGCACACGUAACCGCACCACCCUCUUCUCCUUCGCCGGCGCGACACGUGGCGCAAUUCGCAACGACUUCAGAGGCCUCCUGCUGAGACACUGCCUGAACGAAUCGGACUCGUGCCGAGUCGUGGACUGCGCAGGAACUCGUUGCUCCAACGGCACAUCAGCGAUUCUGGAGUCGUUCCUGGACUCCGACUUUUGUCUGCAGCCGAGAGGCGAUAGCUUCACCCGCAGGUCCAUUUUCGACUGCAUGAUCGCCGGCUCGAUCCCGGUCUUUUUCUGGAGGCGAACCGCGUAUUUCCAAUACGAGUGGUUUUUACCGAGUGAACCGGGGAGUUACUCAGUGUUUAUACACCGAAACGAAGUGAAAAACGGAACAUCUAUAAGAGGAGUUUUAGAGAGUUACAGUAGAGAAGAAGUAAGAAAAAUGAGAGAAAAAGUGAUUGAUUAUAUACCGAAAUUAGUGUAUGCAAGACCCGAUGCGGGUCUGGAGAGUUUCAAGGAUGCUUUUGACGUUGCCAUUGAUGGGGUAUUGAGGAGAAUGAAGGAGCAAGAGGGAGGGUAUAAGUGGUAGAAAAAAGUAAUCAAGAGGGUAAAUUGGGGAGAUUCGAGUUGAGUCAGCCUGCCAAUAUUAAGGUAAAUAAAUAAUAAAUAUUGGAUAGGAUUCGGAAUUUUCGGAGGGAAAGUGGUAGUUAUUAGUUAGUACAAUUUUUAUAUCACUCUAAUGAUGCAGGUAUACACUUGUAGAGUUAAAUGUCACCACACUUGUAUUCUUUAAAUCUGUAUUUUUGUUUUUUUGUAUUGGAAUGCUUAUUUUCUUAAAAUGAAAUAAAAACGGUUGAUUGUAAAUGUGAUUUGAGGGAA